UCUUCUUCUCCUCUUCUUACUUUGACAUAUCAGUUCUCUCUCUACACUAUCUCUCUCUACCCAUGCUCUCCAUGUUUCCCAAUCACUAUACUAAUGUUGAUCGUUGGAGUGUAGAUAAUGGGGGCCAUCCCCGCCCUUUCACAGAUCCGAAACUUCCUUGUUUCUUGGCUGAAACAAUUGGCGCGCCAGGAAGGGGCGUCACUAUACUACUGCUGGUUUGAUGUAUUUGAUCUCUGAGAGGGCGGCGAAUGGCAAUAUACUUUCCAGCUCUUUGGGGAACGAACAGAAGGGGGUCGGGAAAAGAUAAAAGCGGAUCUACCAAUUUGUUUUGCUUGCUUUCGAGAAAAAAAAGUGCGAAAUGUUUGGAACGCCCAAAUCCGAUUCUCACCGUCGGUCAUUCCAUCUGCUCUCAGUCUAUGUUUGGAACUUUUUAGCCUGAAUCCCGCCAGCAGAGAAGGAAGGGAGGUAGAUCUAUCGCUCAUUUUCUUAGCUGGUUUUGUGGAGGAAACAUCAGGAAGUUUGUCCUUGUCGCACCCCUUCUACAAAAACCCAGAUCUGGCUUUUUGUGUGUUCAUGAAGCUCCCCAGAUCUGUUUAUGGUUGUACUUUAUGGGGAAAAAAUGAGGCAUCUCUUGAAGCACUUUUUAAUCUUCCUCUUACCAAAAGAAAGAAGGAACGAAGUGGAGGAAUCCUUCUCAUGGAAGCUCCAGGGGACGCGGAUCCAAAGCCAGAAGGAGAAAAGGAACGAUCUGAGCUUUUGUCGGACGGGGAUGUGCAUGACGCCGGAGAUCCAGUGACAAAGCGAUGGAACUCUGGAUUGGUCAAGCGUUAGGUUGGAGGAAAGAGUCGCCUUCGACACGACAUUUGGGCGCUAAUCGAAUAAGCGCAUAGGCGGAAUGUUACCGAGAUCGUUUGUUUUUUGGGCUUCAAAAAACAAACAGAUGUAGGGCGCUAGACUAAGAGAGAGAGGAGAAAAUGAGGAGUCACGUAUCGCACAUGCGAUCAAGUAGCAGGCGCCUUGGCUCGAAAUCAACUCGACAAGCGAUGGAACUGGGGACGCCGACGCUGAUGGAAAUGCAUAAGAGCUGAUUUGAGCGUCAUUCGUAUUUUUUGGAGAAGCCCAGGAAGGGAGGAAUUGAAAGCAAGCGCCUGGUUCUUUAUAUGUAAAGACGGAAUCAAUGCAAAAAGGAAGUGUAAAAGGAAGGAGAGAGAAAGGAACAAAAUAAAGGGUGAAAUAUGGGGAAUAAUUUUCCAGAUCAGGCCAACAAAAGCGCCCAGUUUCAACAUUAGCUCACAAGUUAGUCCUACAUCGGCGGAUGAGAUCCGAUAUAAACGAGCCCCAAGGCGCUCACUUAUGUUGGAGGCCCACGAAGCUCCCAGUCGCUCAAUUUCCAGUAUAAACGAGGCCCAAGGCGCUCACUGAUUUUUUAUGUUUGAAACCUACAAAGCGUCCAACCUCACUUGCACAGUCGGAUCGGAUCUGGUCUAAAUGUGGCCCAAGGCGCUCACUUAUGUUGAGGCCCACGAAGCGCCCAGUCACACAAUCUCCGGUAUAAACGAGGCCCAAGGCGCUCACUGAUUUUUUAGGUUUGAGGCAUACAAAGCGUCCAGCCUCACUUGCGCAGGCGGAUUGGAUCUGGUCUAAAUGUGGCCCAAGGCGCUCACUUAUGUUGAGGCCCGAAUGCACUAACUAAAAUGUAAGUGCAUGAUGAGGAAUCGAACCCAGCACCUCCUCCCAUGAAGACAAGAAACGCAUCCACUAGGCUGCAGUUAUUUUUGGAGAAGCUGUUGCGGGCUCCCAUUAUUGACCAGAUCCGUGGACUUCGUAUCAGAAUCAAAAUUAAGCUAAGUACUCUACUUAUCUGCGUAGUUUAAUUUUACCUCAAUGAAAUAUUGCUUUACUUUUUCAAUAGUCUCGGCACACAAACAUAGCACCAUUGUUAUCCUUCGCGUCCAAAAAUUAGCGCCAUUGAUUGGUGUUACUCUCCGCGUCCAAAAUUAGCGCCUUGAUUGGAAAUACAUUCAGCGUUCAAAAUUCGCACCAUCGGUUGGAAAUACUCUUCGUGCCCAAGCAUAGCGCCCAUGGUCUAAAAUUAUCUACGCGCCCAAUAUAUAGCGCCCUUGGUUGGAAAUACUCUUCGCGCCCAAAAAUUAGCCCCUUGGUUUGAAAUACUCUAGCACCCAAUCCUAGCUCCCUUGGUUCGAAAUAUGCUCCACGCCCAAACUUAGCGCCUUGUUAAAAAAAAAAUGUGACGCGGUGGGAUUAAAGAGUGGCCAUUUCACAUGAUGGUGGAGAGCACUUCAUUCUUGAGCGCAAAAAUGAAUGCAAGCGCAUGGUAGGAAUAAAAUCAACCAUAGAAAUUGUUGCACAACUGCUCGGCGUCGUGAAAUUGGACUCAUAGACGGGAGCGGCAACAAAAUUGGAGAAAGAAACUAGGUGCAUGAUUCUCGACAUCUGAAACUGAUAAAAACACCAUGCGCCUCCAAUUUCAAAGGGAAGCGCCCAUUGGUUGGUUGGUUGGUGUCAGAGCAAACUCCUACACUCUCAACACAGUUAGCGCCUGCGACUUGAGACUGACUCCAUACCCAAAGGGAAGCGCAGAGCUAUAACACCAAAAUCACUCAAAAAGUGAUUUGGGAGUAAAUAUUACAGUCAAGU